UUUUUUUACACAUAAAGUCGAUUAGUCGAAUUUUAGAUCCUUAGAAGCUAAAAACCAAAACAAAAAUUAAAUAAAUUUUUUCUUUGGGCCGAUCGGUUUUGGAUGCGAAAUAAAGACUGGAUCAGCAUUGUACGUAGCUACGAGACACAAAAUAAUCUGCUUGCAAUUUGGGGAAAAUGUCUAAGAACAAACUGAACCUCACACUGCCACCAGUGGACGCAUCAGACGGUGCGUCACAGGCCUCGUCACCAUUUAAGACACCUUCUGGCACAGAAAAACAUAGUUUGCUGGGCAAGCCGAAGACGAGCAUCGAGGCGCUGACCGAAACACUGGAGGAACUCGAUAUGGACGACACAGCGCGCAAGCGUAUCAAAGUAUUCCUAAGCCAAAAGGAGAAAAUAGGCGAACUAUCCGAUGAUGAUCUUGAGAAGCUGGGCGAAUUGGGCUCUGGCAAUGGCGGUGUCGUCAUGAAAGUCCGACAUAUACCAACGCAGUUGAUAAUGGCCCGCAAGCUAAUACAUCUGGAGGUGAAACCAGCCAUUAAGAAGCAAAUCAUACGAGAGCUUAAAGUUUUACAUGAAUGCAAUUUCCCCCAUAUCGUGGGCUUCUAUGGGGCAUUCUAUAGUGAUGGAGAAAUCAGUAUUUGCAUGGAAUACAUGGACGGUGGUUCUCUGGAUUUGAUUCUGAAGCGAGCUGGUCGCAUACCCGAGUCUAUAUUGGGCAAAAUUACUUUGGCAGUACUGAAAGGCCUAAGCUAUUUGCGAGAAAAACAUGCCAUUAUGCAUCGAGAUGUGAAGCCCAGCAAUAUUUUAGUCAACAGCAGUGGAGAAAUAAAAAUCUGUGAUUUUGGUGUAUCUGGUCAAUUGAUAGACUCCAUGGCGAACUCCUUUGUAGGCACCAGAAGUUAUAUGUCUCCCGAGAGACUUCAAGGAACACAUUACUCCGUACAGUCAGAUAUUUGGUCGCUGGGUUUGUCUUUAGUUGAAAUGGCUAUAGGCAUGUAUCCCAUACCACCACCCGAUGCAAAAACAAUAGCCUCAAUUUUCGAUGAGAACAAUGAAGAUGGCACACAGACUGUGGUUGAACCCAAAGUAAUGGCGAUAUUUGAGUUACUAGACUAUAUAGUCAAUGAACCUCCACCUAAACUAGAACACCCAGUAUUUACUGAUGACUUUAAAGACUUUGUAGACAUUUGCUUAAAGAAAAAUCCUGAUGAACGGGCAGAUCUUAAGACUUUAUUGAAUCAUGCUUGGAUACGCAAAGCCGAAGUGGAAGAAGUCGAUAUUGCCGGCUGGGUAUGCAAGACAAUGGAUUUACCUCCAUCUACACCAAAACGUAACACUUCACCGAAUCAAUAAACAUGCAUAUAUAUUAUUUUCUAUUCGUAAAUAGAAACAAAACAAAAUAUUCAUAACCGACCGCCGCUGUCUAAACUAUUAACACCAGCCAAGAAAAACAAAAAACACAAAACAAAAAAAAAAAAAAAUAUUUAAAUAAAACACUGCAUAAGUAUUAAGAAAUAUUAUCGAUCA